AGGUGAGCGCUGCGAUCUGUAAGAUUCUUGUGGCUCGAUGACGCCAAUAUGCCUGACGUUGCGUGCAUACCCCAGUUUUCGGCGACGGGGCGCGCUUGCAGCGUCUUCAGCUGCCGCGGCUAGGUCGGGACUCCACAUUGUCAGAGGUAGACCCGAACCCUGUUGCGCGUCAUGCAAUAUGUAGGACAGCGGUGUUACCGUCCGAAUUCAACAUCGCCCACAGUGAAAGGCCAGUGACUCAAUUCGAUUACUCGACGCUUCGCCGAGUCGGUCUCGUCAAAGCGUGUAUCUCGAAUCGUUUUUGUGCAUUUACCCCGCAAAACCACUCCAUAUCACCAACUCCAGCCCGUUUCUCAAGCUCACAACCGCACAAAUCCUCUCGCCAUGUCCCACGCAACACCGUCUGAAGCCGAAGUAACAACGACCCUCUCCCAGCUCAAGCUCUCUUCAAAAUCGCCGCAGAAGCUCGCCAACAAACCCAAAUCCGCGCCUGUCGCCGAAUCCUGGGACGACGAGUUCUCCGGAAGCGGCUCUGACACCGAAACUGAAAAGCCCUUGGAUACGCGCCCCUCACGCACCAAGGACCGCGACUCGCUCUCUCCACUCUCAACCGUCAAGUCUGUUGAUUCGCCGCAUCCACCGCCGCCUACCCCUGCAAGCCCGACAGGCGUGCCGUUUGAUUUUCCGGACAAUGUGCCGUAUACCGCGGGAGGAGCAGUGAACAGCAGGGACGGGAGCAGGAGAGGUAGCGGUGCGGCAAGCCCGGGAAGAAGGCCAGACAAGACUACUGCGGUCGCCGGGCGGUUGAUUGCGGGAGCAUUGGGCGUGAGGGCGCCAAGGAGGACCGAGGAGGAAAGGGAAUAUGACCGCGCGAUGAGGGACAAAGAGAGGAAGAGAAGGGACGCGGAGCGGGAGCGGGAAAAACUGGAGAAACAGGCUGCUGAGGAUAGAAAGCGGUCCGUGUGGGAAGACUAAGAGUUGUUGAAUACUGGUUGCUGUGCUCUGACAUUGGCCUGUAGGAAGUUUACGCAAGCGUUGCUUGAGACACUGCUGCAGCUGAAGACCUGCAAAUAAACCUCGUCUGUAGUUAGCUACGCUAACACCCUGUAUGUAUAUAUAUGAAACGUUGUGAUGCGUGC